GGCGCCAACCGGCUAAAUAUCAACAUCGGACGAUACGGGCACGCAUGUGUAAAUAGGCACCGUGGUACAAUCGAUUGGACAAAGUCAAUCAUCUGAGCGGGGCACAGGUCGCGGCGACCGUGAAUCUCGCCAGCGUCCCGUACGGAUCUCAGUGGGACCCCGCCUCGCGCGCCGUGCGCUUCUUGCCUCGUAUCGCUGCUGACCUCACUACACGGGUGCUUAGUGUAUGCUACUCAGUUCUGGUGGUUCAUGUGUCGUCACUAAACUAUUAAUUAUGCGCUACCCCGAGUGACUAAAGCCCGAUUAAGAUCGGAUUACAAUGUAGAGCUGCCGACCCGGCGAAGGAAAAUGAAAGAGGGCGGUCGCGAGGAGGAGCCGACCAACGCGGCGGAAGCGGCGCCGGCGCAAGGCAUGCGCAUAGAACAUACUUGCUGCUGCCUCGGCGUGUUGGUGGGCAUCUCGCUCAUCGCCGCCCUCGUAGCAGUGAUUCUGAUGAAGGAUUCCACUGUUGAAGUGACAGAACUCCGUCAAGUACACGUGCUCAUGUCACACGGGGAACGCACCCCAAGCGAGGGCGAGCUCGCGAUGCUAGGGGCCCCUCCACCUGACCACGUGUUUUCGCCCUACGGAGCCGGCGCUAUGACUAAUGAGGGCAAGAUGUUGACAUUUGAAAUGGGCGCAUUACUUAGGAAGAGAUAUGAUGAGUUUUUGGGACCUUACUAUGAGAGUGAAAGGAGUAUCGUGAUAUCGUCGGAUACAGAGCUGAGUAAGAUGACGGCUCUGCUGAUAGCGGCGGGUCUAUGGCCACCGCCGCCGGAGCAAGUGUGGAAUGACACGCUGCCGUGGCAACCCGUGCCUUACACGUAUCCACCACGACGCCAGGACUUUCUGCUGUACGAAGAGAAUUGUCCUCGUUACAAACAAGAGAAGGAGAGGAUACUUAAAGCGUUCACAGAAGAAGGGCUGUUGCAACCGUACCGCGACUUCUUCCAUAAGAUCGCGCAGAUGACCAACACUAACUUCAGCACGCCGCAAGAGGCAUACUAUUUAAAUAAUUUAUUUCUUAUACAGGACGAUAUAAAGGUAGCAAAUCCGAAAUGGGCGAAACACGUGAAGAGAAAACUGAUGGAUGUGGCCCGGUUGGAGUACUCGAUGAUGUUCCAUAACAACUUGCUUAGGAAACUGAGCGGCGGAGCAUUGCUUCAACAAAUAAUAAAAGAAGCAAGCAGUAAUACUGCAGGGGAGUCCCAGCUACGUCUAGUCGUACGAACAGGGACUCCUGUGUCUGUGGCGGCCCUAUUGGGUGCCUGCGUGGCUCCUCCACCGCGUCUACCAGACCCAGGGGCUGCGCUAUUAUUUGAGUUACACGAACGACGCCCUUCACCACAGUCUAAUAAGGAGCAGAAGACAUUGGCCGAAGGGCAGCGGUUUGGGUUUAAGAUAUAUUACUGGGACGACGACUCAGCGGAACCUCGCCUCAUGGAAGUCCCAGGGUGCAACGCGUUCUGUCCCCUCGAGACUUUCAAGGAGCUAACCAAAUACAUAGUGACACAUAACUAUAACAAAGACUGCAGGCUUGUUCCUAACACAUAGUUUUAUAGUGCGUGACAAAUCGACGGUAGGCUGUGGUAUUUAAAUAUGGACUUUAUGAUUACGAUUAUAAACUAUAUUAUUGAUUG